AUGCCGAAAUUUAAGGGAAGAAUUAGCGAUAGAGGAAAAUGGGACGAAAAUAAAAUGAAAGAAGCUGUUAAAAAUGUGAUGGAAGGCAAGUUAUCUGUAAGACAAGCGGCAGACAGGUUUGAUGUCCCAAGAAGCUCACUUCACGAUCGCCUGAAAGUUUUGAAAAGUGGCAAAGAGGUUGCUUUUUACCCGAAGUUGGGGCGAUUUGAAACCACAUUUUCUGAAAACUUUUCUAUGCAACUAUAUGAGCACGUUAAAGAACUGGACAAUCGUCUUAUGCCAUUAAGUAGGAAGGAGUUUUUAAAAUUAGCGUUUGAUUUGGCAGAAAACCUCAAAAUCCCUCAUAGAUUUAAUAAAGAGAAGGGAGUCGCAGGAAAGGACUUUUUUUACAGUUUUAGAAAAAAAUAUCCUAAUAUUGUUUUAAGAACUCCCGAAUCGACUAGCAUUGCGCGGGCUGUUGGGUUUAACAAACCACAAAAAAUGGAUAAGAACGGUCGCUUGAUGAUAGGAGCUCCACCAGAUAGUAUUGCUACUCCUCAAGAGAGCGGAUGGAUGAACGGUGAGGUGUUCUUCCAAUGGUUGCAACAUUUUAAACAACAUGUUCAGCCAACAGAAACAAAUCCUGUCCUCUUAAUUUUGGAUGGCCACGCUAGUCAUAAGGAGCUGGCAGUUAUAAAAUAUGCACGUAAUCAUCACAUUCAUAUGCUGAGCACACCACCUCAUACAACUCAUAAAUUACAGCCGUUGGACAGGACAUUUUUUAAACCUUUUAAGUCUGCAUUUGCAACUGCAAGUUCAGCAUGGAUGAGGCGAAAUCCUGCAGCUAGAAUCACUGACUAUGAUAUUGCUGCACUUGUGGACGAAGCCUUUAGCAGAGCAGCAAGGUUGGAUAUAGCACAAAACGGAUUCAAGUGCACAGGAAUUUAUCCAUUUAACCCUGAAAUCUUUACUGACAUUGAUUUUUUACCAUCAAUGAUGACAGAUGUGAUGCAAGAAGUUUCUUCCAAAAAAAAUAUGGCCAAUCAGUUCUCAGUAGCACAUUCUUCGCCAGUGCCCUCCACUAGUCAUGCAUUACCUGCAAAUGAACCGGAGUCAUCAACCAGCUCAACAGAUAUAUUGAAACAGCUAUCACCAUUUCCUGACGCAUCGAAAAAACGGUCGUUAAAGCGGGCUCGAAAAACUCAAAGGAGCGAGAUUAUAACAUCAUCACCUUACAAAAAAGAUGUAGAGGAAAGACAGAGAAGUAGAGACAGAAAACCGAAAAAAUAA